UGCUGGAGCGCUCCCUGGGAGGGCGGUGGGCGUGCCGGCAGUCAGGGGGCGUGGCCAGCCGUGGCAGCUGCGGGUCUUCGCCCCGCCCAGGGCGCCUACUCCCUGGCGCCCGGACCUCGGCCUCCCAGCUCCCCGCCGCCCCUCCGACUCCGCCGGGUCCGUCCACCACCCGCCCAUGGCCCGGAAGGUGCUGUGGCUGCUGCCGCCGUUGCUGCUCGCCGUCGCGGGCCUCUGCGGCCUCCUGCUGCUGUGCGUCCAUGUUCCCAAUGUGCUGGACCCGCCCGCCCUCAAGUACGGCAUCGUCCUGGACGCCGGUUCCUCCCACACGGCUAUGUUCGUCUACAAGUGGUGGGCGGACAAAGAGAACGGCACGGGCAUUGUGGGCCAGCACACCUCCUGCCACGUGGAUGGUGGGGGCAUCUCCAGCUAUGCGGACAACCCUGCUGGGGCUGGUGAGAGUCUUGUUAAAUGCCUGGAACAGGCGGUCCAGGAGGUGCCCGAGGAGAGACACGCGGGCACACCCCUCUACCUGGGAGCCACAGCGGGCAUGCGUCUGCUCAACCUGACCAGGCCCGAGGCUUCGGCCAAGGUGCUCGAGGCCGUGACGCAGAAGCUGACCAAGUGCCCCUUCGACUUCCGUGGUGCCCGCAUCCUCUCUGGCCAGGACGAGGGGGUGUUUGGCUGGGUGACUACCAACUACCUGCUGGAGAACUUCAUCAAGUACAGCUGGGCAGGCCAGUGGUACCCGACAAAGAAGGGGACGCUGGGGGCCAUGGACCUGGGAGGUGCCUCCACACAGAUCACCUUCGAGACGGCCAGCCCGAUCGAGGACCGGGCUAACGAGGUCCGGCUGCGGCUCUUUGGCCGGCAGCACCGCGUCUACACCCACAGCUUCCUCUGCUAUGGCCUCAACCAGGUCCUCCAGAAGCUGCUGGCCGGCGCACUCCAGACCCCCAACGGCACCCACCCCUGCUGGCCUCAAGGCUACUCCAAGGAAGUGGAGCUCCAACAGGUGUACGAGACCCCGUGCACCGCAGCCCUGAGGCCCCGGUCCUUCGACACCAGCAGAAAGGUCACCUUGAGGGGCAUCGGCAACCCCGCCCUCUGCCACAGCCUCGUGGAGCGGCUCUUCGACUUCUCGUCCUGCCCCUUCUCUCGAUGCUCCUUCAACCGCGUCUUCCAGCCCCCCGUGGCUGGGGACUUCAUGGCCUUCUCUGCGUUCUUCCACACCGUGGACUUCCUGAGAUCGGUGAUGCGGCUGCCCGUGACCAGCCUGGAGGAGCUGAUGAACUCCGCGGUCACCGUCUGCCAGCGGACAUGGAGCCAGCUGAAGGCUCUGUCGCCGUCGCCGCGGGAAGAGGACCGCCUGUCCAGCUACUGCGCCGGGGCCAUGUUCGUGUAUCAGCUCCUGAGCAGGGGCUACCGCUUCGACGAGCCCGCCUUCAGCCGCGUGACCUUCGAGAAGAAGGUCGGGGACACUGCGGUCGGCUGGGCGCUCGGCUACAUGCUGAACCUGACCAACAUGAUCCCCGCCGAGCAGCCGGUGCUGCGCAAGGGCAUCAACUUCGUCUCCUGGAAUAUCCUCCUCGCGCUCUUCUCCGCCUUGCUCCUGGCGGCGCUGGUCCUGCUGGCGCUCCCAGCGCUUUCCGCCGAGUCGCUGAGCGCCAUCUAGCGACUGGCUGGGGGCAGCUAGAUCGCUGACCCCUCACCCGACCGCCCUCCACACCUCUGCCCCCAAUGCGGCCCGGAAACCGAGACGGAGACGCUAGCACCCGCGCCCACGGGGGGCCGGGAGCGCGAAGGGAACCGAACCUAGCCCCUUGAGCCUGUCCAGCCUUGUCUCCGUCUCGAGGCCUCGUGCCCCUUCUCCUGCAGGGGGUGGGUGAGCAGACACCCCAUAGCCCUCAGCCUGUUACUACAGGGUGGGUCUCCAGGAUGUGCAGCUUUUAUUCUGAUAAUCGGGGUCCUCGAGACACCCCCCCCCCUCCACGCGGGUCUGUAUUAGGGGGAGAGUCAGAGCCCACAGGCUAGGGCCAGCCCAGUGCCUGCUUGUAAAACUUUGUAAUAAAACGUUUUUUCCUAAA